AUGGCCCUACUAAACGCGAUCAAGAGAAGACGACGGGAAACCCAGACCCAGAGGGACGAUUCGUUAGGAACGGGCGCAGGUGCAGAGAACAUCACCAUUCAAUCAGCAAAGGAACCAAAGCUAUCAGAGUCGGGCAUUUUGGACGAGGGACAAGUUCCAGCUCAGGCGGAGACAACGGCUAUUGAGCUCGAGAGCCACGACAAUCCCGAAAUCGCGGCGUUGCCUCAUCAAGUGCGUCAACUGAUCAACCUGAACGAUGAUCCAGACUUGCCGACAAUCACAUUCCGCUACUUCGUUCUCUCGGCCUUCUUCGUCAUUCCUGGAGCUUUUCUCUCCCAGAUGAGCUACUUCCGUACAACGACUGCACCUUACUCCGUCUUCUUUGUGCAGAUCGCAUGCCACUAUGCAGGUCACUUUCUUGCACGAGUCCUCCCGGCUUGGGUAAUCCGACUGCCCGGCAAGCGAUAUGCCUUUAAUCUGAAUCCAGGCCCUUGGAACAUCAAAGAGCAUGUGUUGGUCACUCUGACGGCGGCAUCUGGAGCCACCUACAACAUAGGAUACACCCCAAUUGUACUUUCAGAGCUUUGGUAUGGUCAACGCCUCCAUCCAGCGAUCGGUAUUUUCUUUAUGCUCGCCAUUGUUUGGAUUGGGUAUGCUUUCGCUGCCAUUGCGCGGCAGAUUCUACUACCGGAUCCCCAUUACAUCUGGCCCAAGGCUCUGAUGCAAACCACGUUAUUUGAAACCUUUCGGAAGACAGACUCCUCGUCGCCUCUCGCACGGCGCCAGAUGAAGGUGUUUUUCUUUGCACUCCUGGGCAUGACUAUGUGGCAAUUUCUCCCGGAAUAUGCCUUUCCUUUUACUUCGUCACUUGCAUUCCUCUGCUGGUUGGCGCCUCGAAACAAGGUGGCUAAUUUUAUCGGCUCUGGACUCGGAGGCAUGGGCUUUCUCAAUCUCUCCCUGGACUGGUCUAACAUCAACUGGAAUCAGUCCUCGAUAAUGCUCACCCCUUGGUGGACGCAGGUCAUCCUCUUCCUAGCCUUUGCUUUCAAUUGCUGGGUCCUUCUUCCUGCAGCAAAGUGGGGAAAUAUAGGCUCCUAUCAUCACGGUCUCAUGUCCAAUAGCCUUUUCAUGGCCAAUGGCACGCAGUAUCCUGUCCUCGAUGUGCUCACCCCGGAUUUUCGCCUCAACGAGACAGCAUAUCAGGAUUAUGGACCGAUGUACAUGGGCCUGCAAAACGUAUGGGCGACCUUCUUUGACUAUGCCAAGCUUCCAGCCGCAGUUACCUGGAUUGCAACAUUCGGGUUUACCCAGGUCGCUAGCAACAUCCGCAAAAUCCUAGCCACUCGCAAGGCUCGUGCCUCUACGCGCGAGCAAGGGAUUCAUCAUCAAUACCACGACCGCCUCAAUGUUAUUCAAAGACAGUACAAAGAGAUCCCAUGGUGGUGGUACUUUGUUUUGUUUAUUGCCGCCUUCGUCAUUCUAAUCACAAUCCUCGCGUGCGGAUACCUCUUCAUUCCUGUAUGGACAUUAUUCGUUGCGCUGGCCAGUGCCGGAAUUUUUGUUAUUCCAUUUGCCUGGCUCUACGCCAUCUCCAACUAUCAGCUUGAAACCGGUUCCUUCAAUGAGCUGAUGUACGGCUAUAUGAUUCAUACCAAGGCCGGCGAGGGCCAUCGUCACCCGUGCGGCCCUUCCGUCUACGGGUCCAUCGCAGGUGAUGCCUGGUAUCGCGCACAGUAUAUGCUACAGGACCAGAAGGUUGGUCAUUAUAUGCAUAUACCACCACGCACCGUGUUCUUUUCCCAGAUCUUUGGCACCAUCCUGGGGGUUCCGAUGAACUAUGCCGUCGUGCGGUGGGUCAUGGACACCAAAGGCGACUACUUGACGGGCAAGAAAAACGAUCCCCUCAAUCAAUGGACUGGUCAAAGCCUACAGUCAUAUAAUACGAUGGGUGUCCAGUAUGCCGUUCUCGGUCCCAAAAGACUCUUCGCGCAAGAAGAAAUGGCCGCUCUUCCCUGGUCAUUCCUCGUGGGUGCAGCGAUUCCUCCCAUCUUGUAUACUUUCCAUCGAAUCUUCCCCUGGCUGCGGAUUGACCUGUGGAAUGUCAGUAUCUUUUUUGGGGGUAUGGCCAUGUUCUACGGUAAUAUCAGCACUGGCUACACGUCUGCCAUCAUCGGCGGGUACAUUGUGAUGUACUGGGCUUACCGCCACCGAUUCGAGGUAUGGAAGCGGUACAAUUACUUGGUGGCAGCUGCUUUCGAUGCAGGGUUUAAUUUCAACAUGCUACUCAUCUUUUUCUUUUUUGGUGCAGGCAAGCAAAUCUCGAUGCCGCACUGGUGGGGCAAUAAUGCCGAGUCGGUGGAACGGUGUUUUGCUUCGGAAAGCUAA